GUACGCGCGCCAGUCGGUGUUUAACCUCGAACGCGUAAGGAAGGUACAGGCCGGUCGCACACGAGCACAGGCCCGGCAUGCGAAGCGCGCGCGCACCGGCCCGCUGACGCGCAGGAAUGGCAGCGCGCCGCGCAGUCGCCGCGCACACAACCAACUGUGAUACAAUUAAUUAACUUAAUUUCUUACUAGCAGUAGUAGAAAUAUUUUUAGGAAACUAAUACGUCCGUGCUAUAGACUUCGAGAGACAGUGUUUAGUGUGAAGCCGCCCAUAUGAUCGUCCCGAUGGCAGCGUAUGCGCAAUUUGGCUAUUCAUACCCGCCCGCCUCGCAGUUGCUCGUGGGCAGCAGCGGGGCGGGCACCGGCGGCGCGGCCACCUCGCCGGACGGCGGCUCCAGCUCGGCGCCGCCGCUGUCGCCGGGCGGCUCGGCCGUGGCGGGCGGCGCGCUGUCGCCCGGCGCCGGCAGCCACGCCAGCACGCCGGCCGCCUCCUGCUGCGACACGCCGCGCCCCAUCAUCACGGACCCGGUCUCCGGCCAGACCGUGUGCUCCUGCCAGUACGACGGAGCCAGGCUCGCCCUCACCUCCUACCCCCGCCUGUCCAGCGCCGCUGUCGGCGUCUACGGGACACCCUACCCGUCUACAGAUCAAAACCCUUACCCUAGUAUCGGCGUGGACAGUUCAGCUUUCUAUUCACCGCUGAGCAACCCUUACGCGCUCAAGGAGGGCGGCGGCGAGAUGUCUGCGUGGACGUCGGCCGGCCUUCAACCCUCCGGCGGCUACUACCCUUACGACCCCACACUCGCAGCCUACGGAUACGGAGCUGGGUACGAUUUAGCCGCCAGAAGAAAAAAUGCGACUCGGGAGUCAACGGCGACAUUGAAGGCAUGGCUGAACGAACACAAGAAGAACCCGUACCCCACGAAGGGCGAGAAGAUCAUGUUGGCGAUCAUCACGAAGAUGACGCUGACGCAGGUGUCGACGUGGUUCGCGAACGCGCGUCGCCGCCUCAAGAAGGAGAACAAGAUGACGUGGGAGCCGAAGAAUAAGACAGAUGAUGAUGACGACACGAUGCUAUCCGACGAGGAGAAGGACAAGGACGACCAGGAGGAGAAAAUUAAAACUCACAAAGAUGAGGAGCGAAAAGGGGACGACAUGCUGCAGGGUAUGCACCAUCAGAUGCUGGGCUACGGAAUCAAAGAAGAGACAAAACGGGGUUCUUCCGACUGCGGUGUGCCGAUACCAGCAUCAAAACCGAAGAUAUGGUCUCUAGCAGAUACUGCGGCAUGCAAAACACCGCCACCCGCGGCUCAACCGUGGCCUCAGCACGCUUACGGGCCACCGGAACGGGCUGCACCAUCUGACGGAGGUUCGAACGGCUUCGCGCUGCCAGCCACGGCCGCAGCCAGUCCAGCUAGUGGCUCAUACGGGCGAUACGGAGGCUUUGCCGGGGGGCAAUAUGGCGGGCAGCACCCUUGCGUGCACCCGGCGUCUUUCCCCGAUGUGCAAACUGACACACCGCCACAAACUCCUCCCAACAUGAAGGUGCCUAGUGUCGCCAAUCCGCUGGGCAGCGGUGGUGGUUCCGGCUACUGCUUUCCGCGGCACCAGCAAUCGCCACAGCGCGAUCCCUACCACAACCCUCACCAUGCUGCCAACAGUCACCAGCCCAAUCAACCACACCACAACGAGGGAUCUGCGGCGUUCAAGCCCUUUUAUAAAAGCUCGCUCCAACAUCCCCACGGUUUCGUGUCACCAGUCUGAAAGUGGACCGCGCACAACUAGCGGUAAAGCAUGUGAAACCUGGGUCGCUGCACUACCCGCCAACUACUAGGGACAGUCAGAUUAUCACAGUGGCACAGUGUUUCAGUUCUCCCUUAAGAUCAACGACACAACUAUACCUUAGUUAAAUGGCCUCGGGCUGGUUAUACAACUAGGUCUAUAGACCCCUUUGUAAAAUUUAUUAAUUUGGUACAUACAUUUAUUUGUAUAUCACAUAGUGUAAUUCCUGAACUAUAUGCACAGAUUAUAACGAUGUAUGACGUGUUUCGUUAAGUACUUACUUAGCUUAUGUUGGAUGUGGUCACGUCAAAGGUUGUUACUAAGUACCUACUUAUCGAAUGAAACAUUGUAUGAAAUCAACGUUGCUCAGUAUUUUUAUAGAGUUAAGAAUAUUAUGGAAAUAAUAUCCAAAUUAUUUAUAGAUACACGGAAAGCGCAAUUAUGUGUAAUAAAAAUUUAAACUAGCCUGUAUAGGUUUUAGUGAAUUAUUGUAAAUUAAUUGACAAAUUCCAUGACUGGGAUGUUUGGCAUAAAAUAAGGAAUCUUAUAAUAUGUUUUCGCUAUGUUCUUCCAAACUUAUGUUUAUGAUUUGAAUUACUUAUGGAGCAAUAAGUUAUCCGUUAGUACAGGUGCCAGACUUAACUUUGAUUAGAUUUAAGUGUAAUUGUACAUUGAGAUAGUGGAGGACAAGAGGUCGUUAGGUUUGGUAUCGCGCCCUACUACGCAGACUAUUGUUUAAUUUUGUUGAUAACUAGAUGAAUAGUCGAUAAACAAUCGUCGAUUUGGUUAUUGUUGUUGUCCUUGUAUAUAUUAAAAUGUUUUGUAGAUUUUCUAUUUUAGUUUGUCAAGAUGUGUACAAAGUAAUUAGUAUGAUUUCACCACGCUCGAUGAUGUCGACGGUUAUUUCGAUGAUGAACCUUAUAAAUAUUGUUUAAAAGUAUUAUUAGUAUACAUGUACAUAAAAUAUUCUGAAUAUUUUUAUUAAUAAUUCGGUCGCAGCCAUUUUUCAGAUACAACGUUUUGAUUAUAUACAUUAUAGAGAAAAACAAUGUCAGAUUUUAGUCAUGUGGGUAAUUUAAGGAUUAAAUGAAUAAUGCUAUUAGAUACGAAAUCCAAGGAGGUUAAUACCUGCCUUACCUAACUGGUGUUAAGGGUUUUGUAGCCAUAAGGAUGUACUAAGCAAAGGUGGUUAAUAGCUGGCUAUAGGUGUGGAAUUGAUGGAUAUAUUGUUUUAUUUUUGUUAAUAAAUGCUAUGUGAUGACAUCAGACAUUUUGAUACAAUGUCCAGCCUCUUCAUGUUAGGUGGUGUACGAUCUUCGAUGUCAACGCACAGCAUUUAUUAAGCGGAGCUGUGAAUAUCUGAGACAUGUUUCGAAAGACUUUGUAACAAACGCAUACAUACAUACAUCGAUCGGUAAUAUAAGGUUAUUUAUUAAGCAUUUUACAUAGAAUUAAAACUUAAUUUCCCACAUUAAGAAAAUACGUUCUGUUUCUCCGGUCACAAUACUAAAA